AUGCAGAUAUACGAUAACGGAGAGGGUGUGAUGGAGACUGAAAACUUAACUCCCACCGUCCGCAGUCCAUCCCUCUCGCGGCGUGAUUCCAUGGUCUCCUCAUCGUCGUUCCUGUCGUCGUGUUCAUUUGCCGCCGGUGCGUUUCCGCCGCGUUCACUCGCCGGCAGUCGUCGCGGCUCACACGCCACGCACAUCUCCGCCGCCGCGGGUGGGGCGUGGGAGUCCCGCACAACCUCCCCGCUCCCAACCGCCCAGCCCCAACAAGAAGAGGAAGAAGAGGAACAGGAGGGAUAUUAUCUGCGGUCCGGGACUCUUCCCAUGUAUGGAGAGGAAAGAGGAGAAGAUGGGAUGGAGUCUAACAGUGAUGGACGGCGCUCUGGCAGUUGUUCCCGUCCAAUUUCCCGCUCCUCCUCCUUCAGUUUGGCUGCCGGCAGUGCCGUUGGGAUGAACACGCCGGGGUGCACUGCCGCGGGGAUGACGCCGCUGAAUUGGCAGAUGUCCUCCACCGCCGGGGGAGACUCUUCCUGCCGCGAUGUAGUCGACUCCCCAGUGCCUCUCUACAUGCAGGAAUACACAAUGGACAAUGUAUAUAUACAACAACAACAACUGCUGCGUGUAAAGGCGUUGGCAGAACGUAUUACAAUAGAGGGCACAGGCACAGCGAGUACUCUGGGUUUAUUACCACCCCGUCCAUUGCCUAGUAAUCACAACAACACGACUAUCAACACCAUUAUGAAUAAUAAUAAUAAUAAUAAUAAUAAUAAUAAUAAUAAUAGUAAUAACAACAAUGGAUAUGAUGAUGAAGAUUACAUGCGAGAUACAUCCCCACCAGUGCGGGAGCGAAGUAUGGCACCAACAGAACUUGUAGAGGAGCGUGCGAGACGACAGUUGCGGUUCGAGUGA